AUGCAGAAGCCCAUGGCGGCAGGCGAUGAGUACUAUCUCAUAGACGCGAGCUGGUAUCAGCGGUGGCGCCGGGCAGUCACCGGAGAGGUGGACAAGGCAGGCCCAGUAGAGGAGAAAGACCUUGCACCAGUCUCCGCGCAAUCGCUGGUCGACUCUGCAACUGGCAAGCUUCGCCCAGGACUGGUGGAGCAUGAGGAUGUUGAAUACCUCACACCAGCGGCGUACGCGCAGUUUGUACAGUGGUACGGGCAGCCCGAUGCGACGCCGCCGACGCGUCGCGUAAUUUUACGAGGGGAACGCGGAGAAACCUCCCUCGAGCUCUAUCCACCCAGCAUUACGGUGUCUUCCAUGUCCAAGUUGCGCUCGGUCAACGCCCGCCCGCCUCAUGAACUUUCCGUGUCCUCCACAACCACGCUACGCGACCUACGCGAAGCCGCCCUUCGACGCGUCUCUCAAGCUGAUCCAACCACCACCACAUACCGAGUAUGGCGAUUAGACUCAGUCCCUGCGGGCAAAAAAGUCUGCGUCGAAUUCUCCGCACACGACGUCUCUUCCUACGAUGGCAAACUCGUCGAGGCCAGCGAUCGCACCGUAGAAGAGGAGGGACUCGAGGACGCGAAGCUCGUGGUAGAGCUGCAGGAAUACGAUAGCUGGCUCGUCCCAGAGGAGAAGAAUGAGUCGGAAGGGAUGUUCUCGCAGGGCGGAUUCUUCGAUAGAUACUCUGCCCAAUCCUCAUCCUCAUCUUCAUUGAUGAAGCCGAAGACGACGCUGGGGCCUUUCACAAGAGCAAGCACAUCAUCAAAGCCCGCGCGCGAGCCUGGGACGACAGGUUUGACCAAUCUCGGAAACACCUGCUUCAUGAACUCCGCUCUGCAGUGUCUAGCACAUCAGGAAGAGCUCACAGAAUACUUUUUGUCCGGGGUAUUCAAGCAAGAGCUGAACCCAGAUAACCCUCUGGGCAUGCACGGCGCUAUCGCCGAGGCCUUCGGUGACUUGCUGCAACACAUCUGGGCGCGCUCGUCGGCCUCUUCCUACAGCCCGCGGGACUUCAAGAUGCAGCUUCAGCGCUUCGCCCCGCAGUUCAGCGGGUACCAGCAACACGACUCGCAGGAGCUCGUCGCCUUCCUCCUCGACGGGCUGCAUGAGGACCUGAACCGUGUACUCAAGAAGCCGUACGUGGAGAAGCCCGACUGGGAGGGCGGCGGCGACCUCGAACUCGCCCAGCUGGCGAAGAAAUCGUGGGAUGGGUACAUGCUGCGUAACGACAGUGUCAUUGUAGAUCUGUUCCAGGGGCAGUAUCAGAGCACGCUGGUGUGUCCGGAGUGCCAGAAGGUGUCGAUCACCUUUGACCCGUUCAUGUACCUCACUCUUCCUCUUCCGAUACAGAGCAAGUGGAAGCAUACGAUCAUCUACGUGCCUUACGAUUCGGACAAGCCUCAUUUGCGUGUCCCCAUGGAGAUUUCGUCGAACUCCAGCUUCCGCGACGUUCGCACAAUCAUCGGUCGGUGGAUGGAUGUCCCGCCAGAUAAUCUAUUGACGAUGGAACUGUUCAACCACAAGUUUUACAAGAGCCUCGACGACCACACGCCUGUCACAGACAUGAGCACGGGCGACAUCGUCGUCUGCUUCGAGCUGCCCUGCAAGGGGCCGCAAGCCCGCGGAUACAAGUAUGAGGAAGGAGACCCCUUCAUCUUGCCGCUCAUUCUCAACUGCCCCGACGGCCGCUCGCGGACGGAGUUUGGGUAUCCCAUGCCUAUCGCCAUUAAGCCGGAGGACGCGCGAAGUAUGGAGACCAUCUACGCUGCGAUUGUGGACCGUUUGGCGCGGUGGACGAAGAACCGACGCGAUCUGUACUCAUGGGAGCUCGGCAUGUCUGGCGAGGGCGGCUUCGAGGAGGUCCCGCUCAAGCUCAAGGGCGGGCCCGACAAGGUCACCGAGAUCACCGCCACGGAGGGCGAGGUCGUAGUGCACGAGGAGCAGAUCGACGACGAGGAGACGGAUAUCGCGGACGAGAAGAAGAUGAUCGUGGACGACCAGUACCACCCGCUGGCCACGCCUGUGAAGACCGGGGUCAAGAAGGACAUUUUCAGCAUCACGUACGCGCCGAAGCAGAAGAGCUUUGGCACGGCUUGGAUCUCCGCCUCGUCCUUCCUCCCCCUCCAGUCACGCGCGGACGACGGGGAGGAGGUUCUGCUGCACCCCGAAGACACACUUCACGUCGACUUCGACAUGAACAUGAAGGAGUACUACUUCGGCGAGGGCUGCGUGACGUGGGAGGAGAUGCAGGACUUUUCGCAUCCCGAGAUCGACGCGGCGCGCGAAGAGUCUCGCAAGCCGCGCGGGCCAAUCACCUUGCAGGACUGCCUCGACGAGUUCACGAAGGAGGAGCAGCUCGGCGAGGACGACUUGUGGUACUGCCCGCAAUGCAAGAAGCACCAGCAGGCAACGAAGCGGUUCGAUCUGUGGAAGACGCCGGAUAUCCUAGUCGUCCACCUGAAGCGGUUCAGCAAUAGUCGGGCGCUGAGGGACAAGAUCGAUGCGUUCGUGGACUUCCCGAUCGAGGGGCUGGAUCUGGCGGGGAUGGCGGGGGAGAGGAAGGUAGCGAAUAGGUUGAAGGAGGAGGGGGUGGAUGCGAGCGAACUGAACUUGGGCAACGCGGAGGAACCGUUGCUGUAUGAUCUUUUCGCCGUCGAUGAGCACAUGGGUGGUCUGGGCGGUGGGCACUAUCGUGCAUACGCGCUCAACCACGAGACGAAGAAGUGGUACCACUUCGAUGAUUCGUUCGUGACGGAGGCGGAGGCUAAGGAUUCUGUCAACUCCAACGCAUACCUGCUAUUCUACCGACGACGCUCCGACCAACCCCUCGGCGGCAAGACGCACACGAAGAUAGAAGAAGCACGACUACAAUCCCAGAGCAGCGAGCAGCUGGACGAUGAUACCAUGAACGUGGAUACCCAACUACCAACCCCACCUGAGGAGGACUCCCCCUUCUUCGAGCAGGACUCCAACGUUACACUUUCCCAAGUGAACCACUCGAAAUGGCGCGCCAUUCCGUCUCCAGCCUACAGCGACCCGCCGCCUCUCCUCGACGAUCCACCGGAGUUCGGCUCGCAUACGCUGGACCCCGUCCUUACCGGCCCUCACUUCCAGUUCCCUAACCCCGAGAACGUUGGCGGGCCGAUCUCGCCAUCUUCCUCCACGGGCGUCGAGCACGACUCGGACGGGGCAAACGCGGGGGACCUUGAGGACGACUCGGAUCUGUGGCGACAGGAGAAGUGGUCGGAUACGUCGCAACUGAACCGCGCCAACUCGCCGGAGGCUUCGAUAUCCAUGGCGGACUCGCCCGCGUCGAGCUCGAACUCGGACAACCCGUUCGCGGAUGCGAAUCGCCAGGGUGGCGGGCUUGAGCUGUAG